AUGAAGCCUGAUCACACUCAAUCACAAAUGCAACCCAUUGACGUCGAUGACGUUGAGUCUGCUGAGACCCAUCAAGAGCCUGUCCUGGUUUCAUCCGAGAGGCAGGAAGAAUCUGAAUCUGGAAAGCCGUCGAAAAACUCCAAAGACUCGAGUUGGAAAGUCUACUUGCGAGUAUGGGGUUACGCUACAUCCAUUGAUCAUGCAAUUCGAAUAUGUGGUAUCAUCGCUGCACUUGCCAACGGUGCUGCAUUGCCACUGAUGACACUGGUGUUUGGUGAUAUGGUUGACAAGUUCAAUGCUUGGGGAACUGGAGAAGUCACACCUGAUGAUCUAAUGAAAGCCAUCUCCCGGAAUUCAUUAUGGUUUACGUAUCUCUUCAUUGCUAUUCUGGCACUCUCCUUCCUCAUGAAUAGUUGUUUUCGCCUGACUGCAAUACGUUCGACAAAAGCUUUGCGACGAGAUUUUGUGCAAUCUCUCAUUAGGCAGGAUGUCACCUACUUUGAUUCUUGCUUGCCGGGGACCGUCGCGACCCUGAUAUCUAACAAUGCCGAUCUCAUUGAAAAUGGACUGGGCGAAAGGGUUGGACUUGCCUUCGAAGGGGUGGGCCAGCUUCUUGUAUCUUUCAUUGUUGCUUUUGCACGGCAGUGGAAGUUGACUUUUGUUGUUGCUACCAUGUUGCCAUUGACUAUUCUAAUCAUUGGCGUGGCGAUAACGUUAAUGACGAAAGUCGAUGUCAAAGUGCUCGACGUCUACAGCAAAGCAGGCGGCAUCGCUGAGGAAGGUCUAUCGACGAUGCCCAUCAUAACUGCUUUCGGAGCUUCGAACAAACUCCAAGUAAAGUAUGAUGAUAUUCUUCAAGUCGCCAAGAAUCUCGGAGCGAAGAAAGGCCCCAUCAUGGGAGUUCAAAUGAGUGCUCAAUGGUCAGUGACAUUUGUUGCCUACGCCAUAGCCUGGUUCUAUGGUGUGCAACUUGUUGCCCGAGGAGAGGUCUCAACUGGUGGUCGUGUCAUUACCGUGCUCACCUCGGUUCUGAUAGGUAUCAUAUCAUUGACUCUCAUAGUCCCAGCGAUAGGAGAAGUUGCAAAGGCCUCCGCGGCUGCUCAAGGUCUGUUCGAAGUCAUUGACAGGAAAUCGGAAAUUGACCCUCUUGAUCCCCGUGGAGAAAAGCCAACCACAGUGCUGGGCCAGCUGAGGCUGGAUAACGUCUCGUUCGCAUACCCUUCGCGCCCAUCUGUCAAAGUUAUUGAUAACCUGACCCUUGAUUUCGAGGCUGGCAAGACCACGGCAGUCGUAGGUCCAUCUGGAAGUGGUAAAUCAACCAUUGUUGCUUUAAUAUCUCGCUGGUUCGAUCCCUCCCAAGGAUCUGUCCUUCUUGAUGGUAAAAAUAUCAAAGACUUGAACAUACAAUGGCUCCGCAGCCAAGCAGGAUUUGUCCAGCAGGAAUCUGUCCUUUUCAAUGACACCAUACUACACAACAUCUCUCAUGGCCUUUUUGGAACUCCAGCUGAUGAUGCAUCAGACCAGGAGAAGUUCAACCUAGUGAAGGAUGCUUGUAAACAAGCAUUCGCAAAUGAUUUCGUGGAAGAGCUCCCAGAGAAAUUCAACACCUUCGUUGGGGAUCGAGGGAAUCUCCUGAGUGGUGGCCAAAAGCAGAGAAUUGCUAUCGCACGAAGCAUAAUUCGUGAUCCUCAUAUUUUACUGCUUGACGAAGCAACAUCAGCACUAGACCCCACAGCCGAGGCCAUCGUUCAAGAAGCCAUAAACAACGUGGCCAAAGCUCGGACCACCAUCAUGAUUACCCACAAGGUUUCCACCGUUCAAAAAGCCGACAAGAUCAUCGUGCUUAGCAAAGGCCGACUGAUGGAGCAAGGAACGCAUCAACAACUCCUAGCGAAGAAAGGUGUUUACUAUGAACUAGUCGCUGCUCAGACACUAGAAAAGCAACAAGAAGUCGAGGAUGCACUGGACCUUCCCGAGGUUGUUGAGACUUCCUCGCUGUCGUCCUAUAGCUUCAAGGAAACUAAAAAAGAAGUCACGGAGGUCAGUGGAACAAGGAUUCAGGCUGUAGACAGCACAGCAAAAGUGAAGCGUUGGAGAAGCUUUACCCUCUUGAUGAAGCAACAACGGCACCUCUGGCCUCUUUUCUUAGGAGGGCUUAUAGGCUCCAUUGGAUCCGGCAGUGUCUUCCCAGUGCAGGCGACAAUCUUCAGCAGAGCCAUUCUCAUCUUUCAAUUUGAUUUACCCGACGAAAAGCACCGCCUGGAGAGUAGAGGUAACUUCUGGGGUUUGAUGUUCCUUGCACUAGCUCUAGGAGUGCUCGUCUUCUAUGCUGCUCUUGGGACUUUCUUUACAACCCUUGCGUUUCAAGUGUCCAGUUUCUAUCGCAGUAAGUAUUUUUGUGCAAUGAUUGGUCAAGAUAUCGGCUAUUUCGAGCAAAAUUCACCCAGUGCCAGCAUAAGUCGUCUUUCAACGGACCCACAGCGAGUCCAAGACUUGAUUUCACCGAAUCUCGGCUUCAUUUUGUUGAGCCUCGUCAAUGUCUUUGCUUCGUGUACUCUUGCAUUGGCUGUUGGCUGGAAAAUUGCCGUCGUUGCCAUUUUCGGCUGCUUGCCACCGCUCUUUUUUGCCGGCUUCGUUCGUAUGCGCAUCGACCUGACCAGUCAAGAACGCUUGACAAAGAUAUAUCUGGAAAGCGCUCGUUUCGCUGCUGAGGCUGUUGCAUCAAUCAGAACUGUCUCAAGCUUGACACUUGAGAUGAAGGUUGUGGCAAAGUACAACGAGUUGCUGGACACUCGGUCAACUCAGUCCCUUGUGCAGACGACCAUUAGCAAUACUCUCUUCGCAGUCACCGAAAGUCUAUACCUCGCUAUUCUGGCCCUGGUGUUCUGGUGGGGCGGCAAACUCUUGUCCCAGAGAGAAUAUGAUGUACAACAAUUUUUCAUGGUAUUCAUUGCUGUCAUCUUUGGUGGACAAGCUGCCGGAUUUAUGUUUGGCUCGACGCUGCAAACUACGAAGGCGCUGAACGCGACAAGAGACAUCAUGAGCUUGUUGCAGUCACGCCCCCCUAUCAACACAGCGAAAAGCGUCGUUCACCAUACAGGCACCUCCACAGAAGAGCAGUCACCUCCCAUUGCCAACAGCAACAUAGCAGUUGAAUUCCGCGACGUCAAUUUUAGCUAUCCCAGCCGCCCUUCCUUCCCAGUCCUGCAGAACCUCAACCUUACCAUCCACAAAGGUGAAUCAAUAGGCAUCGCCGGCGCUUCCGGCAGCGGCAAAUCGACCCUCAUCGCGUUGAUCGAGCGAUUCUACGACGCCGGAUCUGGCUCCAUCCUCAUCAACGACAUCUCCAUCAAAGACCUAGACGUACAUUCCCACCGCGCAAGAACAGGACUCGUGUCCCAAGAAACAACACUCUACCAAGGAACCAUUCAGGAGAACAUCCUCCUGGGAAUCCCCACCUCCCAACUCCCCACCAUCUCAGAAGAGCACAUCGUCCAGGCCUGCCGCGACGCCAACAUCCACGACUUCAUCCAGUCCCUCCCAGAAGGCUACGCCACACAGGUCGGCACGCGAGGCGUGUCCCUCUCGGGCGGCCAGCGACAACGUCUCGCCAUCGCACGUGCCCUGAUCCGCAACCCGACACUACUCCUCCUGGACGAGGCCACCAGUGCACUGGACAGUGAGAAUGAGCGGCUCGUGCAGCAGGCCAUCGAGGCCAUUGCCUUCAGGCACAGUCGCGAUGGGGAUGUCCCCGACGACGACGGAUCAGGUGAAGUAGGCCGCCGCGCGACAGGGAAACGAACCACCAUCGCCGUGGCGCACCGUCUGAGCACUAUCCAGCGAUGCGACAGGAUUUUCGUGCUGGCGCGCGGCACCGUCGUUGAGCACGGCACCCAUGCCGAGUUGUAUGCUCGCCGCGGCAGGUACUAUCGCAUGGUCCUGGCGCAGAGCUUGGAUCGUGAAGUAGAGGUCUGA